AUGAAAGCUAUGAUCUUUGGCCAGACCCAAGAUCAUGUCCCUUUAAGGCGUGCCCCUUACUACCAAGAAACCAUUGGAGAUUUUGCAUGGGAGCAAUCACAAGAAGUUAACUAUCUAGAUGACUUCAUCUAUCCUCCUGACUUCCAGCAGCAAUCACCACGGUUUCACCAUCAAGGAAGUCAAUUCCGACCUAUGCAGCAGUACAAUCAAGAAGGCAUGUACCCAAUGAAGCAGCCUUACAACUUUCCUCCAAGCGCACCUCAUCCGGUUCAGCAAAAUAGUGUGAUUCAAGCAAUGCUUCAGCAGAUUGUGGAUGAUCAAAAAGAGUUCACUAAUGAAUUGGAUGAGAGGAUGGAAAGCUUGUUCAACAGUUUCAUUGACAAGAACGAGUCUCUUGCUUGUCAAAUCAAGAAGAUUCACACCCAUGUUGAUCAAACCUAUGAAGAUUUGAAAAGACAAGAGAUGGAGGAAACAAAAGCUUUUUGUGAAUCCAUCUCUAGAAGGGAAGCUGAGUUCGUGCCAACCCAUAAACCACCCCAGACUGCUGUUAACUUGGCUACAAGACCAGAGCAAGAGCAUUACUCCUUGGACUCAACAAGAGGUUACAAGCCGAAGCCACUAGAGAAGAUCUCUAACCCGGAGAAGCUUGAUGUACCUUGCAUCAUUAAUGGAGUUUUGUUCAAGAUUCCAUAUGUGAUACAAGAUCUCACAUCAACAUCAUGA